AUGUCAAAAAAUAAUAACCAACCUAUCAGUUUCACGGUAUUUACAGAACAAUGGUUUCCAUAUCAUGCAUGUGCUGGCCGAGGCACAGUAUUUUAUACUGUAAUGACAAGGGGUACAAAGGAAUAUAAAGAAAAAGCACAAUUUUGGUUCGUGUGUAGGACAUGGCCUGGAACUUGCAGCGCCACAUAGCAUUGGCUCAGGUUAGGGUACAAUGUAGCAGGAUGCUCGUCAGGAUUGGGUUGGCACUUUGCUGUUGUGCCACCAUAGGGUUCAAAACCCCAAGUUGUUUACUGUUUUGAUGUCUCAAAUCCAAUUUUUGAUAUCUGUAUAAUACAAAGAAAGAAAGAGAGUUUUCAUUAUACUAUUCUGUACGUGACUCGAGAUUGUUACAGUCGUGAAAUCAUUGUGGUCAUGACCGAUGAUAAAACUGUAAGAUUUUCUGUAUUGUGGCCAGUAUUGAUUUCUCACCAAAUGCUUUUUUAA